GGUGUUCUUUAUGUUCCCUACAGGAGCUGCCGAUACAAAGGUCUGACCCAGAAGAAAUUCUGCGUCACCUGUACCAUCAAGAUCAAGAUCAAGAUCACACACACACACACACACACACACACAAAACGUGGGGAAUCACAUGGAGCGAGCUGCUACUGGUGCAGGCAAUUUGUCGCAAUGGUUUCAAAAAGAGUUGUUGACAAAAUGUAUCUCGGCGAUGAAAGGAAGACGAGGAUGGAAACAAUGUUCCAGAUAGUCAAGAACACAGACCUAGAGGAAAGGAAGAAGUUGAAAGCAGUACGUGGUGCUGGCAAGAUGGGAGACAUCCAGGAACCAAGUGAGGAUUGUCUGAUGAAUGAAGAGGCUCAUCAGGCUGGGACCAUACAGGUUAAGAGACGGCUCAGUCCUGAAGAAUAUGCAAAAGUUAAAAAAAGAAAAAAAGAAAAUGAUCUCUUAAGAAAGGAAUGGCCAAGGAUUUUUCUCAAUUGGAGAGGCAAGAUGAGCUGCUUGAGUCGUAAAAGUGACCAGAUGCCUCUUUUCAUGGGGGACGUCCAGAGCCUCAUGUUUUUCUCACUUCUUGGCAAUAAAUUUCCACUUCCGCCCAGGUUUGUAACUUAUAGAAAUGUAACAAAAGUGCCCAGUGUGGUAAUGGUUCACAUUGAAGGAGUGGGAGUGGAUGACAUCAAGCAGAUCGCACAGUCACUCCCAGAAGUGAACACAACUGAGAAAUGUGAAAGUGAAGCUAAGGAUAAUCAGGAAGGAAAUUCUACUACAUGUAAGAGACCAGAUGUUUCCAUACAGAUGAAAGUGGAUGCAAGAAACACAGACAAGGCUGUUAGCAGUAGUGAUUUUUUCCCGGGUUGGCUCAAGAGCACUCUGCCAACCAUAAGUGGCUUCAUGAAUCAUGGUUUAGAAGUUGUAGCACCUUCUAUUCAUGGUUUAUGUCCUGUUGAGGAACUACUUGAGAUGCAACUGGAGAAAAGCAAAGAUGGUGAUAUAGAUGCCCUUAAGUUAAGUAAUGUCUUAACAACGAACAUUGCUACUAGUUCUUUCUUCAAGAAUCUGUCCAAACUUGAUUCAAACCCUGAUGAUGACAUUCAUCCUGAUGACAAAUUCAACAGACUUAAGCUCCUGUUGAAGCCAGAUGAGUUUGUCAAACUUGGUUACCCACUCCCUAUGCCUGGCUUUAAGGGAGGUAGAUACAAAGACUUUGUGUUCACUUCAGAUAAUUACAAAGAGGUAACAUCUCGUUCUCCAAUGUUUGGCAUGGAUUGUGAGAUGUGCUUGACUUCUAUCAACAAAUUGGAGCUCGCCAGUAUCUCAGUGGUCAAUGAGAAGUUGGAGUGUAUCUACCACACUUUGGUGUUGCCUUACAACAAAGUGGUGAACUAUUUGACAAAAUUCUCGGGCAUCACAAAAGACAUGUUACAAACAGUCACCAAGAGAUUGGAAAAUGUGCAAAAGGACUUGCAGAAGCUGCUGCCUCCCGAUGCCAUCCUAGUGGGCCAUGGUUUGUGUAAUGAUUUCAAUGCCACAAAAAUAAUGCACCCAUAUGUGAUUGACUCUGCAGAGAUUUAUAAAGUGUCCGGUAGGCACUCUAAGACCUCCUCCCUCAAGACACUGAGUAAAAUGUUUCUGAACCUGAAAAUCCAGAUCUAUGGAAGUGGAGGGCAUGACCCUACAGAGGAUGCAUCAGCUUCUCUCCAGCUUGUCCAGUGGAAACUGAAGCAUGAUGAGACGUAUGGCAAUAUGCUUAUGGGAUGGGUGCCUCCUACGGAUUCAUAUUAUGAUUGGGAGAAGAUGUGUCCAUCAAAAUCGGACGAAAAGGCGGUGGACUCCAAGCAAGAACGGAAAGAUAGUAGCAAAAUAUCAACUGAAAAAGCCAUUGGGCCUUUCAGAAGGACUGAUAAAUAUAUAUUCCAGGAAUUGGAGCAUUGCAACCUUGCUGUCAUCACCACUGCUCGGUGCUUCAAAAAUUACCUCCCUAUAUUACCUACCCUCAGCAACAUUCCCUUAAUGGAGGUUCUCUCAGGGAAUAAGCAAGUUUCUCAGCGAGCAAGAGAUUUUGUGCCAAACAGUAGGCUAACUUUCAUUCACAUGGAGAUGGGCAUAAAGCUGAGCCAGUGCCCUAAUAAAGCUACUCGUCACCGACAGCUUAGGAAGCUGGACAAGAGACUGCACAGGAUACACAAGGCUGCUAUCCCUAAGUCUAUUCAUGUUUAUGUUUUCAGUGGGUCAUCUCUGAAUGUGCCUUUCGAAAAGCACUCCAAUGGUUUUGUUUUAGUAGGGAUCAAGGAUCUACCCUUCAAGACAUAAUGAUGUCCUACUCAUGUCAUUUAGUCAUACAAUCAACCCUUGUGACAGAUCAUCAGGCCUUUGCAGGCAAAUGUUUGAAAGAAGCAAAAUCAUUGUACAGUACUAAUAUGAUGGUACAAAAAUAUAUGAAAUUCCUUAA